AUGGGAGGAGAAAAAUGGGCGAAAUGGGGGAAAAGGAAGAAAGUCGAGCGAAGAAAGAACGAUCUGAAGAAGUGGAUGAAUCGAUGCGCGAAAUGCGGAGGUACCAAGCCGAACGGUAAUAUACCAGCAAAAAGCAGCUAUCCGAUCGGCCGUAACGGUAAUGAUACGUGCGCUAUUAACGGGUACUAUUGGCUCAUGCAGCCAAGACCUCAAGUGGAGUCGAGGUGGAUGGGUCCAGCCCAGAGGCGAUUGGCCUAUGAGGACGGACCUGUCGCCCGCGAGGAUUACAUCACGUGA